AUGGAAGCCAGUCUGUUACCAAUCAAUGAACAGAUUUCGCGAUUCCGCGAAGCCUUGGAACGCAACAAGACACUCAUGACUGUCCUUACACGCGCUGCUUCGAUGAAACUCCCCGGGUGGUACCUCGCCGCUGGUGCCCUCACACAGACUGUGUGGAAUGUCAUGACGAAUCGGGACCCUGAAAAUGGCAUUGACGACUAUGACUUGAUCUAUUUUGAUGCAUCUGAUCUGUCAUGGGAAGCCGAGAACACCAUCAUCAAGGCCGGCGAGAAACUUUUCGCCGACAUCCCAGUCGAGGUUGAAAUCCGCAAUCAAGCUCGAGUGCAUCUCUGGUACGAAAAGAAGUUUGGUGCACCAUGCCCACAGCACAAGUCCUCCGAGGCUUCAAUCAGCACAUGGGGCACCAAUUCGGCGCUUAUUGCCGUCCGGCUGAGGGAUGACGGAGAGUGGGACAUUUUCGCGCCGUGGGGGUUCUCAGACAUGUUCAGCCUCACCGUGCGACCGAACCAGCAGAUAAUGACGGAGGCAGUAUACGAAAAGAAGGUGGCACGCUGGAAAGGGUUUUGGCCAGAGUUGCCUGUCAUCCCGUGGAAUGAUCGCAAGACUUGA